AUAUGGCAGGGGAAUGGGGACAGUUAGACACUUAAUAUCACGAUAUGAUAAGCGAUCUGAGAGCCAUAUCUUCUCCCUGCUGUACUGCCAUCAUGUUGUUUGCGGUAAUUUUUCUUCUAAGUGUCACCAGUGCUCAAGGCGGUUGGUAUGACAGAUAUGUCAAGUUUUUCAACGAGACCUUGCCGAACAAUAGUACACUUAUGGAGCAGUGGAGAACUCAUUUAAAAUUAUGGCACGAAAAUGGCAGUCGCAGUAAAAGAUAUCCAAUUCCAAGCUUUGAGUGUCAUAACACCCACCCACACAAUGGCCAUCAUGCAACAAGUGUUCAUGAUCUUCAUCCCGGAGACGUUCGUAUCAUUGCUGCCAUGGGAGAUUCCCUUACGGCUGGUAAUGGUAUUCUUGCGUCCAACAUCAUUGGAGAUUUCAUUGAAUACAGAGGUCAAGUUUGGAGCAUUGGUGGUGAUGGAGACCUUAGCAACACCAUUACAUUACCAAAUAUUCUGGAGAAAUUUGGUCAGUUCCUAUGGGGUCAAUCCUAUGGGACCGGAGGAGUGGGGACUACGAACUCCAUGCUGAACUACGCUGAUCCCGGUGAUGUGUCCGCAAAUAUGCCCGGUCAAGCUAAUGCGUUGGUACAAAGACUGAGGACGGACACGCACGUGCGAUUUAAUGACGAUUGGAAAGUACUGACGUUGUUUAUCGGCGGAAAUGAUCUUUGCGAUUAUUGUCACGACCAGGCUGGCUACUCAGCUGCCAACUACAUCAAACACAUUCGGGAUGCCUUGGAUAUUUUACAUCGGGAGGUUCCGAAAAUGUUCGUUAACCUGGUAGAGAUAUUUGACAUUGCUCCCAUUGCAGCCAUGGAUGGCGGGUUCAUUUGCAAUCUCGUCCACAAUGUUGUGUGUGACUGCGGCCAUAACAAAGCUAACUCUCAGAUGUUAAGAAAUGCGGCCAUUGCUUAUCAACAGGAACUCCGGAAUCUGGUCAACUCAGGACGAUACGAUACACGGGAUGAUUUCACUGUCGUCCUUCAGCCCUUCUUUAAGAACACUGAACCACCAACCUUAGGUACCGGUUCCAUUGACUUGAGUUUCUUCUCUCCUGACUGUUUCCACUUCAGCCAAAAGGGACAGUUUGCUGCCGGACUCUCACUCUGGAAUAACAUGUUGGAAGCACCCAACUUUAAACAAGAACAGUGGCAUCUGUAUGGUGACUUCCAUUGCCCGGGAACACAUGCUGGCCACGACCACUCUUUCUUCACAACCUACAAAAAUUAAGAUUUUUUUUCUGUGAAAAAGGUGAAUUGUUAAUAUUUAAGGAAAUAAACAUAAUGU